CAAAUUUCGAGAAGAUAAGACCAAUUUUGGUGGAGUUGUAGAGCAUGGUACAACCCCAUGGCCACUAUCUGGCUUACAGAUUCAACAGAAGGUAGCUAAUUUGAAAACUAAACAUGGUAAAGGAAAACCACCAGCAGAACCAAGUAAGAAACGUAAACGGAGAGCUGCAGAGGACAAUGACGAAGAUACUGAUGCACAAGAAGAGGUUCAGGACCGGUCCUUGUUUUCGCGAAGGUCUAUUCUAUAUGAUUUUCCAAACUGGGGUUCAAAUGCCAUCCGACAUAUUACAAAUGUAAUGCACACACAAAAUAACAUAACUGAGCAUCUACUUAACACCAUAAUGGGAAAUGGCAAGUCGAAAUACAGUCCUGGUGCACGUCAAAAUCUGGAAGCUAUGGGGGUUAAAAGGAAAUUAUGGUUAAAAGUGGAUGAGGUGACUGGUAAAACCACAAUGCCAGAUGGAGAUUUCGCAAUGUCAAGAAAGGAGAAAGUUGCUCUUUGUAUAAUUCUGAAGAACUUAAGGGUGCCGAGCAGUUUCUCUUCCAACUUUCGCAACAAUGUCAACAUUAAUCCUCCAGAGCUAAGGAAUUUCAAGUCGCACGAUUACCACGUCACAAUACAAUAUUUGCUGCCAUUGUUGGUUCAUGUAGCUACUUCAAUGCCAAAAGAUCUGCGAGUUUCUCUUCUCCGUAUCAGUACAUUCUUCAGGAUUCUGUGCGCAAAGGUUAUUAACAGAGAACAUCUUAUAAGAGCUAAGGAUAGUUUGGUGGAAGCCAUUUAUGUUCUGGAAAAACAUUUUCCUCCUUCUUUCUUUGUUAUUAGCAUCCACCUAAUAGUGCAUUUGGCCGACGAAGCUUUAAUCUGCGGUCUGGUCAGAUUUAGAUGGAUGUAUCCCUUUGAAAGGAUGAUGAAAGGAUUCAAGAGAUUGGUGCGCAACAGGAGGUACAUUGAGGGUUGCAUCGCCAGAGGGUAUAUCACGCGAGAAUCUAGCUUAUAUUGCAUGAAAGAUUUGUCAGUAAAUGGUGAAGUUUGAACAAGCUCGCAACUGGGUCAUAUUCAAGUUUGUUGGGAUAGAUGACUGGAAAAGGAAGUAUGCUGCCUAUGUUAACAGUCGCAAGCCUCAUGGUCCAAAAAAUCGUACAUCGCAACAGCCAUUGAAGAGUUUUCUGUUAUGGUUACGUGAUGAGUUUGCAGGUUAUUAUGGCAGAAGUGGAGGUGAAUAAAAAUGGACUUCCUGUUUCCGCUAAUGCAACAAAACUUGGCCACAAAAAGGGUGCCUUGGUUCGUACCCAUGUGCCUAUUUCUUUCAAAACUUGGAAGCACGUACAUCAGAAGUACAAAGACGAUGUUUGGAAUGAACUAAAGGUACCACAUUUACCCUGAAUCUGAAUUUGGUUGACAACAGCAUUAAGCCACCAAUCUUGUCUUUCCAUGGAGUGUAUAAUUUACCUGAGACUUCUAAGCGAACAGUGAAGUCGAUGUCUGAUCCAUGGAGGAGAUUUAAGCAUGAGUUAAGAUUGGGCUACUAUGACAUAUAUCCUACCCACGAAGAAAGAAUCAGAAAUGUGCCUCCUCUUGUGAAAGAAGAGGACUGGUUACAUUUUGUAUCAAUGAAAAUGAUGAAAAAGUAGAUGAACUAAUAGCUGAGAAUAAGAGGAAAAGACAACUUUAUGACUACUCUCAUUGCUCUGGUCGCAAACCUCAUUGCUUGGUCAAAGCUGAACUGGUAUGUUAGUUCAGUUUUAACAAUGCUUCGAUCCGACUCUUACAGAAAAAAAUGGUUGAUCAAUAUUCAAAAACUUAUUAUAUUUGCGUUUUAUGAGAGCGUCAAUCCUCGAGUAGAAGUCAGUACCUCCGAUGUAUGGGUAAAAGCUUAUACACAAGAGGGUGGGGGAAUUUUACCUAGUGCAGAACCAUACUUUGCUGAGAUUCAGAAGAAGCAAAAAUUGAUCAAAGAUUUGCAAGAUGCGGGUACUCCCCCAGCAAACACAGAUGCAUUGAUUGAAGCAUUUGGAAAGGAUUCUAGGUGACGGGUUCGUGUUGUUGGCCCCGUUUCUCGUACGCAAGUUGAUAGUUCUACUCCUGCGCGUGCUAAAGUGUAUGAUCUAAAGCCUAAAGAUAUAGUUCUGAAUCAUAAAGUGGAUGAACUAGGUGGUAAGAUAGAGCUUAUGAUCGGCGGCUUGGGAAAAUUGUGUCACGCUAUGAAGGAUAUCCAAUUUACAAUGCCAGCAUCAUAUGUUGCCUCGACUAGUUCACAUGCUCAGCGUGUUCAUCUGGUCAUGGAAUUGGUUCACCCGGUCACUUAGAUUUAUCUCCUGAAGCCUCACCUGAUAACUUAAGUUCACCUGGUGAACACAUAUCUCUAGCUCGAUCAACAACAGGUGAUAUGCAACAAUGUUCCUUGCUUAACAUGGAUGGUGAAGUCCGUGUUAUUGGUAAACUCUGUACUGGUGAAUUUGGACUUAUGUGUCACUGCUUGCCUGUACCACCUAAUCUUGCAAAGGUUUCGCUUGAUCGCAUUCUCCUGCCAGCUGAGCGCACUGUAAAAACUAACAGAUUAGCAGUGAUCUUUCAAGAUGUUGGAAUUGGAGGAUACAUGGUUCAUACAAAGAUGUACAUCAAGUAUGAUUAGAAGGGUGAAUCAACUUUUUUGGAGAUAUGCUAUAUGCUUCAUGGAUAUCCCAGCCAUCGUAUAUCGCGCAUACAAGCAACUGGCAUUUAUGGCUUUUAUGUUUUUUUACUAUGCUCACACUUUUGUACUUAGGCUGAACAUAGCGGUUAUGUAACUAUUAUGCAGUGGUGCAUAAGACUCUAUUGAAGUUAUGCUUAGAAAGACUUUAUGCAGUUGUGCAUAAGUAUCUAACUUCACCAGAAACAACU